UAUAUACUAAUGUCAUUAAGAUAAUGUUUUAGAGCAACAAUGCAGUGAUUCUUGCCCUUAACCUUAGCUCACAAAUAACCGCAAUGUACACCUGGUGUGUGGUCAGCUAUCAGCCAUCAAAACGUAGAGGGUCAAACCAUUCUGAGAUAACCAGCGAGAUGGAAACCAAGGUGACAUCAGAGUCCAAAUCCAAUGGUGUGACGAAUGGAGGGGCAAGGAUUGCUGUGGAUGAUGAUGAUGAUGAUGAUGAAGUUCUUAGCCCAACCGACCUGUCUGAGGUGUUAGCCGAGGGGACCAAGGAGUCCCACGACAGAGCAGAGAACUGCCAGUUUGUUAGAGAUUUCCUCAGAGGCCGCAUCGAAAAGGAGCUGUUCAAGAGGGGUACAGCAGCUCUAUACUUCGUCUACUCGGCCAUGGAGGAGGAGAUUGAGAAGAACCGAGACCAUCCUCACAUUGCCCCAAUCUAUUUCCCCGCAGAGCUGCACCGGCGUGAGGCCCUGGCCCGGGACCUCGAGUAUUUCUAUGGAGAGGACUGGGAGAAACAGAUCAGCCUCUCUGCAGGCACCAAGCCUUAUGUUGACCGCAUCCACAAGGUGGGAGAGGAGGACCCGGUGCUGCUGGUGGCCCACUCCUACACCCGCUACAUGGGUGACCUCUCAGGCGGACAGAUACUAAAGAAAGUGGCCCAGAGGGCACUGAAGCUCCCCUCGACAGGCGAGGGUCUCAACUUCUACCAGUUUGAGGGCAUCCAUAGUCACAAGGGCUUCAAGCAGCUUUACCGAAGCAGGAUGAACGAGCUGGAACUGGACGCUGAGACCAAAGAGAGGAUUGUGGACGAGUCCAACCGGGCCUUUGGCUUUAACAUGACGGUAUUCACAGAGCUUGAAGAGAUUGGGAAGACCAUCAAAGAAGAAGUCCAAGAUGCAGGUUUUGGACACAGUCAUGCAGAGAUCAUGGAGGGAGGUGAUGUCAACAAGUGCACCUACUAUGCAGCAAAAAUGGCUGCCAGUGGAAAUCCCACCUCUGCAUGCCAAUUAGCCAUGAUGCUUCUCAGACAUCCACCCUGUCAGGUGGCUCUGGCCGCCUGGGUGGCCAUCUUUGCUGGUUUCACUGCCUGGUACCUUCUGUGAGCUCAAUCUGCCGAUCACCUCUGAGCACAGAGCAGAGGACAUUGUUGCAUCCUGCCAAACAUAAUCCUCUUCACUUUGACUCGUCCUGCCUGAAAUUAGCAAAGACUUUAUGAUGCAUUUGCUUUGUAUGCUGUAGUCAUUGGCAAUAUGCAUACAAGGUUUAGAGACAUGUUACCAUGUAGAAAUAUUAAAUGCAUUCUUUUCUACAAUGUGAUUAUAUUAUUAGUUGAAUGUAUUUAAUAUGAAAGAUACACUGAUGUACAAAUUGCCAUACUUUUUGUCAUGCUUGGUGAUUGAGGUGUCUCUGAUUCUAAAUAAACAACAGUCAAGUUUAAUGAGUAAAAAUG